AUGUCUGACUGGGAAUCUUCAGAGGACGAAAUACCCACCACUGCGCCGCCUGCUCCGAUCGCGAAGAAGCCCGUGAAGAGUAAAUGGGAGGGCGAAGAUGAGGAGGACGAUGCCCCAAUCAGUGACUGGGAGGCAUCCUCGGAUGAGGAAGAGAAGCCUGCGAAACCUGCAGCAGCCGCCGCGGCACCUCCGAAGAAGAAGGGGACUCUGAAGGCGAAGCUCGCGGAGAUUGAAGCAGCAAAAGCGGCGCGUGCAGUCGCUGAAGACGAAGAGUACGAUGAGGAUGCCGUGCUCGACCCAAGGGAGAAGGCAAGAAGAGACCAGGAAAGGGAACUGCAAGCAGACCUGGCCAACGCUAGCGAACUUCUCGGUGCUGCUGCACUUGGAGGCACCUCGUCUUCGGAGCUAGACUCACUCAUCUCUGCCCAGCCUCGGACGAAGGAGGACUUUAUCAAGUUCUCGGACCAGAUUAUUGAGUUUAUCAUCAAGCGACACCAGGACAAGCCGCUGUAUGCCGCCUUCCUCGAAUACCACGUCCGCUCGUUGGCGAUUCCACUGCGAGACGUCGAGGUUCGCAAGACGGCCAGCGUGCUAACAACACUGGCGAACGAGAAGCAGAAAGAGCAGAAGGAUAAGGCUUCCGGAAAGAAAAAACCAAAGCUCUCUGCGAAGCCGGUCCUUGGUGCAGCUAAACUGGCAAACAAGAUUGACACGACGGCGUACGACGAGGCGCUGGAUGACUUUGCAGACAAUGAUUUCAUGUAG